GCCGCUGUCAUUUCCUCCUCCUGCACUUCCCUCCCCUUUCCUCAUCCAGGAUCCAGCAGACACCUCCGGCAGCUCCAUCCAUCCCCAACCUGAGGAGGAGGAGAAGAAUGUCUGAGCACAAGGAGCCGGCAGCCUCCGCCAUCCAGAUCAGCAGGAUCAUGCGUCCUGAUGAUGCCAACAUUGCGGGAAAUGUGCACGGAGGAACCAUCCUGAAGAUGAUCGAGGAGGCCGGCGCCAUCAUAAGCACCCGCCAUUGUAACAGCCAGUCUGGGGAGAAAUGUGUUGCUGCUCUGGCGCGUGUGGAGCGCACGGACUUCCUGUCCCCCAUGUGUAUCGGAGAGGUGGGACACGUCAGUGCAGAGAUCUCCUACACCUCCAAACACUCUGUAGAGACCCAGAUAAAUGUCAUGGCCGAAAACAUACUGACUGGAGCAAAGAGACUGACCAACCGAGCAACCUUAUGGUACGUUCCUCUCUCCCUAACAAAUGUGGACAAAAUCACCGAAGUUCCUCCAAUCCAGUAUGAAAAGCCAGAACAGGAAGAGGAAGGAAAGAAGAGGUACGAAAAUCAGAAAUUGGAACGUUUUGAAACGAAACAUCGAAAUGAUGAAUACAUUGUGCCGGUUGUCAACCCAGACAGACAGUAUAAAGAGCAAUACACUGUUGGAUAUAGUCAGUCCAGUCUUAUUCAUUUAGUGGGACCAUCAGAUUGUACCCUGCACGGGUUCGUACAUGGAGGUGUUACAAUGAAAUUAAUGGAUGAAGUGGCUGGGAUUGUGGCGGCUCGACACUGUAAAACGAAUAUCGUUACAGCCUCCGUGGACGCCAUUAACUUUCAUCGCAAAAUUCAAAAAGGUUGUAUCAUUACGGUUUCCGGCCGAAUGACCUUCACCAGCAACAAGUCCAUGGAGAUCGAGGUGUUUGUGGACGCGGACAUGUUGGUCGGUGACGCCCAGGAGCGCUACAGAGCGGUCAGCGCCUUCUUCACUUACGUCUCUCUCAGCAAAGAUGGAAAACCGCUGCCGGUCCCUCAGAUCGCGAUUGAGACUGAAGAAGAAAGGAAACGAUUUGAGGAGGGUAAAGGCCGCUACCUGCAGACCAAAGCCAAGAGACAGAUGAAUGCUCAGUCGCUGACCCAACAAUAACCGCGCGGUCCCGGGAUCUGCCGCAGUGAUCAUGGAUGACAGGACCCCAGGCGAUGGCUGAUCCCUCAGUAUAGUGUUAUGUGAACGUCUUUCUGCUCCACUGUCUGUAUCUAUAGUGGAGAUGUCUAUGUACGUAGCAGUAGUGCAGCUUAGGAUACACUGUAGAUAUUACAAGGCUCACAGAAUGUAACCAUGAUGGCUGCUAUGGGGCCCAGGGCUCCCCCCUCAGCUCGGAUGGUCCCAUCCUGGGUCCAGGGUAAAUAUUCUGGGGUCCAAACUUGGCACCAUAAUGGGAUCCCAAUAAGAUCCUUGCUAUGCGACCCCCUCUAUACUGUGUUAUGUAUGGUGAGGUGCGGCCCUCACUCAGGGGCUCCUGUAUAUUAGGGCUGCACAAUAUGGGGAGAAUGUGUGACUGCGGUUAUGGAGGGAAAUAUAACAAACAAAUGGUCAAAUCCCCCCAUUUCAAGUCUAUCCCCCCCCCCCCCCCAAUGUCACAUCU